UUUCAUUCAGUACGUGAAAAGUCCGAUUGCUGAUUAUUGGCGUUGCAAAGUCUUGUGCUGUUGGAAUAAUUGUGUAGAAUUGCGUUAAGAUAAAUUAUAUAAAAUUAUUAACAAUUAUAAAUAUUGAUAUUAAUCAAUAUUAAUAAAUUAAUUAAAUAAGUUUGUAUAUUCGUGUGUGCGAAGUCAUUUCGAAGAUGUGUAAAAUCAACAAAGAAAUGUGAAAUAAAGAUUAAAGUGCAAAAUUGAUAAAAGAAUUUAAGAAAUUUCAAAUAUUAAAUAAUAUUCAAACAAAAUUAUACAGACAUAAGUGCAAUAUAAAGAAAAGUGAAACGAAAAAUUAAAAAAAAAAAAAAUUAACUGGGUGCUGGCCAGCUAACUUCUCUCCCAUUAUAUUCAUUGUUGCUAAUGGAAUAGGCAUAUAUUAAAAAAUUAAAAUAGCCUAUAAAAAUAAAGUGAAGGAACAAAAUUUAAUUAUUGUUUGCAGAUUAAAGUCUAUGUACUAAAGAGAAAAAAUGUCAAAUUAUACAAAUACAAAUUAUGGGCCUCCGCCUAUGGGGCAUUUGCAUGCUGCAAAUGGAUUACCACAAGCAAGUAACCUGCAACAACAACCCCCACAAUUUGUACAGCAGCAACAACAGAUUUUACAACAGAAGCAAUUAUUGCAACAACCACCAAAUCAGCAGCAACAACAAUUACCAAGUUCAGUACCUACGCCAAUAAUGAACAGUAAUAUUAGUAAAUUUAUGCCGCCAACAACAGCAACUUCGAAUUAUGUUGCACCGCCGACUGUCUUAAAUACUUCAUUGAGUUCGCAUACAAACGCAAUGCAACCACCUGCUCCCAGCAAUUUACCUGCACACUUACGGCCGCCAAUGAUGAAUGGUCCAAUGCAAGGAAUACCGCAAACGAAUGGAGGUAUUAGUGCUAACUCUUCCCGGACAGCAUCACCUUCAUUACAAUCAUUAAACAUGCAUCAACCACCACAACAACAGCAAAACCAACUCCAACAACAACAACAACCACAGAACAUCCAACAUCAGCACUUACAGCAACAACAACCACAAAGUGUUCCACCAACUUUUCCACCCACAUCAGCUCCGCCAUCUACUACAAUACCAACAACAAUACCUGAAAACAACUUGAGUGGAAGUAUGCAAAAUUUAAAUCUUAAUCGUGUAAAUGGUACAGGCACCAUGUCGCAAGCUCCGUUGCCACCUUCAAUAAAUACUAACGCUGCUCUAAAUACUAAUCCACUUUUGCAUUCACAACCACAAAUUCAGCCGCAACUUCAGCAACAGAAUACAAAACCUCCUAUAUUUAAUGCAUCACAACCAAUGCUGCCUCCUCCGAGGUUUGCAAAUAAAACUUCCGAAAAUAUUCAAAAACCACCUAGUAGUAGUAGUAUGCCGUACAAUCCAACGGCCACAAAUGAUUCACAAAAUGUGCUAUCUAACGCGUUAAAUCCAACAACACAAACUAUUACACCUUAUGGAAUAUCAACAGCACCGUUGAUGAUGCGCCCACCACUAACUCAACCGCAGUCGUUUCCUUCACAACUUCCAAAUGUAAACAAUACGAGUGGAAUUCCUCCAACUUCGGGGUCUGUUGCAGUUCAACAGAAUCAAAUAAAUAAUAAUAACCAACAACAAAAAUAUUCCCAGUUGCAACAAAAGCAACAAUAUCCUCAGCCACAACAGCAACAGCAACCACAACAACAACAAUAUCCUCAGCUACCACAGCAACAACAGCAGCAACAACCACCACAACAACUCCAACAGCAAUAUCCACAAACUGCACCGACAGCAGUGCGUAAAGCAAUGUACCCUCCUACAGCGGGUCAAUUGCCUCCAAUGCCAAUGCAAACACCAACGCAAACUCAAGAACAAUUUCAGACCCAACCUUAUUCACAAGCUUACCAUCAACAAGGACAAGCAAAACCUUCGCAACCAGGCAUGUUUAACGGGCAACCUACUACUGGACCUUUGCAAUAUCAAAGCCAGCAACAACCACAACAACAAUACUCUGGGGCAGCUAAUCCAUAUAAUCAAUCAAUGAAUGUUACUCAACAUGGUUUUAGUAGAUUAUGGGGUCAAGACACAAUAGAUCUAAUGCAGAAUCGUCACAUUUUGACACCAGCUACGAUAGCACCUCCAAAAAUUAUACUACAUAAUCAAUUUCAUGAAUCUAUAAAUUGUAAUCCAAACAUUAUGCGUUGCACGAUAGCAAAAAUACCGGAAAGUCAGUCAUUACUACAAAAAUCGAGAUUACCAUUGGGUAUUUUAAUCCAUCCAUUCCGAGACAUUAAUAGCCUGCCAGUUAUACAGUGUCCAAAUAUAGUGCGAUGUCGGCUCUGUCGAACUUACAUAAAUCCAUUUGCAUACUUCGUCGAUAGUAAAAUGUGGAAGUGUAAUCUCUGCUACAGAGUUAAUGAAUUGCCUGAUGAUUUCCAAUUUGAUCCGGCAACUAAAACUUAUGGCGAUGUAACGCGUCGACCGGAAGUACGUUCAAGUACAAUUGAAUUCAUAGCACCGUCUGAAUAUAUGCUACGUCCACCUCAGCCAGCAAUUUAUUUAUUUCUUUUUGAUGUAUCAAUUAUUGCACAACAAACGGGUUACUUGGAAAAUGCUUGUGAUGUGCUAAAUAAACAAUUGGAAAGCAUGCCAGGUGAUGCACGUACCCAAGUAGGCUUCAUUGCUUAUAAUAGUCAGGUGCAUUUCUAUAGCAUGGCUGAUACUUAUAAUCAACCACAUGAAAUGACUUUGCUGGAUAUUGAUGAUCCGUUCUUACCACGUCCAGAUAAUUUGCUUGUUAAUUUAAAAGAAUGUAAAGAACUUGUAAAAGAUUUAUUAACUCAACUGCCAACAAGGUUUGCCGAUUCGCAUGAUAGUGGUUCAGCUAUGGGUGCUGCAUUGCAAGUUGCUUUUAAAUUGAUGCAAGCAACUGGUGGUCGUGUUACUGUAUUCCAAACGUGCCUUCCAAACAAGGGACCUGGUUCACUAGAACCACGUGAAGAUCCAAAUAAUCGUUCAGCAAAGGAUGUAGCGCAUUUAAAUCCAGCUACCGAUUUUUAUAAACGUUUUGCUUUAGAGUGUUCUGGCUAUCAAGUAGCUGUUGACUUGUUUUUGUUAAAUCAGCAGUAUAGUGACAUGGCGACAAUAUCUGGUAUCAGUAAAUAUAGUGGAGGUUGUGUUCAUCAUUUCCCUCUUUACCAAAAAACCAAACCUCAAUAUGUGGACUCAUUUAAGCAAUGUUUCAAGAGAUAUUUAACUCGAAAAAUUGGUUUUGAAGCAGUGAUGCGCAUACGAUGCACACGAGGAUUGCAAGUGCAUACAUUCCAUGGCAAUUUCUUUGUCCGUUCUACAGAUUUACUCUCUUUACCCAAUGUUAAUCCUGACGCUGGGUAUGGCAUGCAAAUUUCUUAUGAAGAAACUUUGAACGAUGUCAAAACUGUUUGCUUUCAAGCUGCGUUAUUGUAUACUAAUAGUGAAGGUGAGCGGCGUAUACGAGUGCAUACUAUUUGUUUGCCAGUGACUGGUUCAUUACCGGAAAUUAUGCAUGCUGCGGAUACAGAAGCAAUUAUAAGUUUACUUGCUAAAAUGGCAGUUGAUCGUUCAAUUACAUCAAAUCUAUCUGAUGCAAGAGACGCAUUUAUAAACGCCACUGUAGAUAUAUUAAAUGCAUUUAAAAUAGCACAAAACUUACCAGCCGGGCAAACAGGCCAACUAAUUGUACCAAGAAGUUUGGCAUUGUUACCAAUGUACAUUUUGGCAUUGCUCAAACAUCCUGCAUUCCGUAUAGGCACAAGUACUAGACUUGAUGAUCGGGUUCAUGCAAUGGAUUGUAUGAAAACGUUGCCAUUGGAUCAGUUAAUGAAAUAUAUAUAUCCACAAUUCUAUCACUUAGAUGUGCUAUUCUAUAAUGUGCAAAAUUCUAAUGAUGACGAUGAAGAAGAAGAAUUACCCAAUGUUCCGCGCUUACAGUUAUCCGCAGAAUUUUUGGACUCGAGGUCAAUGUUUCUAUUGGAUUGUGGUUUAUUAAUUAUUUUAUAUGUUGGACUGAAUGUACCGUCGAAGAUACUGGAAAACACUUUAGGUAUUAAAUCGACUGCUGAAUUGCCUGACUAUGUAUAUGGUUUACCAAAUGUUAAUAGCAGCGAAAACGAAUCUUUAAAACAGUUUAUUUUAAAGUUGAAUGAUGAAAAACCUUAUCAGCCAGUUGUACAGAUAAUUAGGGAUACGAGUACUGCUAAACCUCAAUUUAUUGAAAAAUUAGUCGAUGAUCGAAGUGAAUCUAGUUUAUCAUAUUACGAAUUUUUGCAACAUAUAAGGACUCAAGUUAAAUAGUAUCAUAUAAGUAAAAAAUAAAUUAAUAACUAUUUCGAGUAGGUGAGUAUACCAACUCUGAUUAGAAACUAAUCAGUUCAAUAAGAAUAUAGUUAAAUGCGUAGUCAAAGAAAUAAUUCUACAUAAAAUCUAUACUGGAAUUUAAAAAACAAAAUCCAAAUUAAUAUAAUCAAUUUUACAUAUAUGUUAGAUAUAAAUAGCAUAGAUUCAGUGCUUUUUUAAACACUAUGUUAAAGAUAAUUAUAUCUAUGUAUGGAUACUUUGCAGCAUCUGUAAUUGUAUAAUAAUGCAAAAAUAUA